AUGGCUGGCCCGCAUCGUGUAAAACUGCCGCCGACGUGGGUGGCGGAGCCGGUGGACGCCGAGGUGCCCAUGGGAGGCGCCGUGACGCUGCCGUGCGCCGCCGAGGGCUCCCCGCCGCCCACGGUGCUCUGGAAGAAGGAGUCCGGGCCCUCGCCCUCGCCCUACCAGGACCUCAACCUCGUCAUGGCCAACUACAAAAUCCUGCCCAACGGCACGCUGCGCGUGGAAGGCGCGCGGCCCGAAGACCGCGGCUACUACCUGUGUCAGGCCACCAGCGGCAUCGGAACGGAACUCAGCAAGGUCGUCUAUCUAACAGUGCACGUGCCCGCGCGCUUCGCCCUGGCGUCGCAGAACACGACGGUGGCGCGGGGCGGCGCCGCCACGCUCGAGUGCCGCGCCGAGGGCGACAAGCCCAUCGCCAUCGAGUGGUUCCGCAACGGGCGGCGCUUCGACGUGCGCCACCACCAGCGCGCCAGCCUGGCCGAGCAGGAGGAGGCGUGGGGGGCGGUGUCGAAGCUGACGCUGCGGCGCGCGCACCGCGACGACUCGGCGGCGUUCGCGUGCGUCGCCAGCAACCUGUGGGGCAGCGACCGCGCCGAGCGCGUGCUGCUGGUGCACGAGCCCCCCGAGCCCCCGCGCGCGCUGCGCGCCGUCGCGCUCUCCGGCCGCGCCGCCAACCUCAGCUGGGAGCCCGCGCACGACGGCAACAGCCCCGUCACCGCCUUCGUCGUGCAGUACAAGAACGUCUCCGACUUUGUGCGAAGAGCUGCUGACCCUCCAUCGAUUUUUUUACAUGACAGCUUCAAAGAAGUCAGAUGGACAGAACUGAUGAUGAAUUUGGCAAGAAAGAGGUUAAGAGAUCUGGAAUAA